AUGCUUUAUUACUUGUUAGAACAAUAUUAUAAAGCGUUUUUAAAUUUUAAUAAAGCAUUAUGCGUCAAUUCAUUUGAUAUUACUACAUUAUAUUAUCGGGGCAAAGCUUAUUUUGAACUUGGCCAUUAUAAUAAAGCUUUUAUAGAUCUUAAGAAAGUAUUAGAACAGUAUAAUGGCUCUGAAAACUUAUUAGAAAUUCAACCAUAUCAUGUUGAUACACUGAUCCUUCAGGAAAAAAUAUGGUUUAAUUUAGAAGAGUACAAAAACGCAAUAAUACAUUUGAGCGAGGCCUUAAAACUUCAACCAAAAAACUCAACAAUAUUAGCUCUUCGUGGAGCAAUGAAAAAUGCCGUAAUAGAUAACUCAGAAAUAAUUAAAUUUAAUAAUGUAAUUGCAUGCAUGCUUUGUGGAGAAGGUCAUUUUUUGCGUGGACAAUUUAAGUGUGCGCUUAAAAAUUUUAAAAAAGCAUUGAAAAUUCAACCAAAUAACACAAUUGCAUUAAUUUUUUAUGGAAAAAUUUAUAUUACUCAAGGAGAACUUGAAAAUGCCUUAUAUUUUUGA